AUGAUGCAAAUUAGAGAGUAUCUUUGUAAAGUAUCUGAUGCUAAAGAAAAUGAAACCCCUAUCUAUCGACAUCCAAGUGCUAAAGUGAUUUAACAAAUUUAUAUUAGGAUGGCUUUCCUUAAUUUAAACUUACCUUAUAGUAAUAAUUUAUUGAAAAUCUAUAAAAAUGUCCCAAUAAGAAAACACUUGGUUUAUACAAUGAAGAAUCCCAAUAAUAUGAUUAAAUUACAUAUAAAGUUUAUAUUUCUAAGAUAAGUAGGAAGUAUUUGAAAUUGCUACUGCAAUUGGCUCUGAACUUUGUUCUAGAGAUUCAAUAAUAGAGGUAAAAGAUGACUAAGGAUAUACUAUUAAACCUGUGGGCAUAUAUAUGUCCAACAGAAGGGAAUGGACCAUUUUGGAUCUUGCAUGUAUCCUUUAUGGAUUUACAUCCUGUCCGUUUUAUGAUACAUUAGGAUUAAACAGUAUUAAAUAUUCUUUGGAACAAACUUAAGUUAGGUAUGUGAAUAAUUAUUAAAAUUAGUAUUUGCUUUGUCUAAUCAAGCACUAUAAAAGUCCUAAUAGAUGUUGAUUAACCCUAUUUGAAAACCAUUGUAAUAGUAGGUGAAGGUUUCUAAGAAGAAGAUUUAAAUAAGUUAAGAGCACAAGGGAAGGAGAUUGUAACAUGGAAUUAGAUUUUGGAAAAAGGUAAAACAGCUAUUGUUCCAUAUCCAAAUUUAUAACCAGAUAUUUCGAUGACACUAAUCUUUACAAGUGGAACUACAGGGUAAUCCAAAGCAACUCUUUAAAGUUAGUAUAAUUUUUAACAAAUGAUGCAUAUAUUUGACUAUCCUCCAGAUUAGAAAUUUACUGAAAAUGAUGUUUAUUUAUCAUACUUGCCCUUACCUCAUGUAUUUGAAAGAGUCCUUCAUUUGGGUGCAUUAUUAGAAUCUGCAGAAAUCAAUUAUUAUAGUGGAAACAUAUAAAAUUUAGCUAGAGAUAUUUAAAGAUGUAAACCAACUUACUUUGGAGGAGUGCCAAGAGUUUUCAAUAGAUUUUAUGAUGGAAUACAAAAUGUUGUUAAUUCUUUACCUCCAGAAGUAUAAGAAAAGUUUGAUAAAGCUUUUGAGAUGAAAUUAAAUUAUUUUUAAUAAACUGGAAAACCCUAUCAUGAAUAAUUAGAUGCUGCAUUUAUAAAAACUAAAGCAAUCUUAGGUGGAAGACAAAGAAUAAUUCUUACUGGAGCUGCUCCUAUUUCAACAAAAGUAUUGAACUUUUUAAAAAUAACUUUAUGUUGUCAAAUAGUAGAAGUAUAUGGCUAAACAGAAUCAAUGGGAGGAUCUUUUGUAACAGAUAUCUCUGAUCCAAAUUGUGGUCAUGUAGGUGGCCCAACAAUUUCUUAAGAAUUUAAAUUAGUAAGUAUACCAGAGAUGGGUUAUGUUACAGAUGAAAGUGUCGAUGGUUAAGUGAGAGGUGAAAUUUGCAUAAGGGGACCAAGUAUAAGCAAAGGAUACUUUAAAGAUCCAUAAUAAACUAAAGAAUUAAUUGAUAAUGAAGGAUGGGUACAUACAGGGGAUAUAGGUUAAAUAAUAAAUGGAACAUUAAAAAUAAUAGAUAGGAAAAAAAAUUUAUUUAAAUUAUCAUAGGGUGAAUAUGUAUCUCCAGAGAAAGUAGAAAAUUGUUAUUUGAGAUUGAAAGGGAUUUCAGAACUAGUUAUUUUUGGGGAUUCUUUAUAAAACUAUUGUGUAGGAGUUGUAGUAGUAGAUCCAGUGGUUCUUAAAUAAUUUGCAGAUAAAUUGAAAAUCGAAGGUGAUCAUAUUACCUUAUGUGCUAAUAAAGAAUUAAGAUCAUAUGUACUGACUUAAUUAAUUGAAUAAGUUAAUAAAUAAAUUAUUUUAGGGAUCUAAAGAAUUGUUGAAUGGAUAUGAACAAGUUAAAAAUAUAUAUCUUGAAUCAAAACCAUUUUAAUAGGUUGGUAUAUUGACAGAUACAUUGAAAAUGCAAAGACAUGUAGCAAAGAAACAUUAUCAAGCAAUCAUUCAGCAAUUAUAUGAUGAAAUUAAAAAUUGA